AGAUAAGCUGGCUUCUAAGCACAGUAACCUCCCCUGCGUUGUUCUGUGGAGCAGGACGUAAAUUCAGGAGAUUGAGAUCGACCUAUCUUCAAUAAAAACGAGAAACGUAUGCCCUAAUUCAUUCAUUCGAUUUGUUUAAACAUUUAUCGAACGAAUUCUCAUCACACCUCUGGUCGUUGGUAGACACAUAUUCCCUAACACUUGUUGGGUGUUUACAAGGAAUUAGUGAGAUAUAUAGACUUUUGAUUACUUGGAGGAAUAAUUCCAUGCUAUAAUGAACUUCAAGAGCGCUAUUUGUACCAUUGCCUGGAUGAUGGCGUUUUGCGUGCUUACCAAAGCACAGAACCCGAAUUGUAUACGUAAUGCACUAGAGACAACGGCGGCAAAUGCUAACAGUUUUAUAAAUUCACCAGAAAAGUCACCCCACCCAUGUUUACGAGAUUGCACUGGCUCAAAACCAAUGCAAUGUGAAUACACGUUUGUAGUAGAGUGGUAUCAUACUAUGUCUAAGGCAUGCUAUGACUGCCCGUGCAACCUGACUGAUUGUCAGAGGGAACAAUGCGUAGCAGCAGACGGUGUCCCAAGGCCCAUUAUAGUGGCUAACAGAUCCCUACCAGGACCUCCGAUUGAGGUUUGUGAUGGCGAUGAGGUCAUCGUUAACACGGUCAAUCAUAUGGAUAAUGGGGAGUCAAUAACCCUUCACUGGCAUGGUCUGUAUCAGAAGUCUACCCAGUACAUGGACGGUGUUUUCAAGAUCAGUCAGUGUCCUAUACUACCCGGAAACAAAUUCAGGUAUAAUUUCACUGCUGACCACCCUGGGACCCACUUCUGGCACGCUCACACCGGCAUGCAUAGGGCAGACGGACUUUUCGGCCCACUUAUUAUCAGGCAAUCGAAGCAGGACGAUCCGCAUAAUCUUCUGUACGACCAUGACUUACCCGAACACACAGUCUUCCUAACUGAUUGGACGCACCAAGCUAUAUCGGCGGCCUAUCUCAGCGACCAUUUCAGGGGUGUUGAUGAAGGCCCAGUGUCCAUACUGAUCAACGGCAUGGGUGCGUCUGCAGUGUAUGGUCCGACAUCGUCGACCACGCCGAGGGUGAUCUACGAAGUCCAACAGGGUAAACGAUACCGCUUCCGGGUGAUCAGUAGUGCCAUCGCCAAUAUUCCUAUGAAGGUAUCAGUUGAUGGUCAUAACAUCACUCUCAUCUCGACCGAUGGAGAUGACUUUGAGCCUUUGGAGGUUGACGCUUUCUUCCUCUUCGGCGGGGAAAGGUACGACUUCAUCCUGGACGCAUCUCAAAAUGUCAGCAAUUACUGGCUCAAGGUCCAAGGUUACAAGCAAGGAACGGGUCUACGUGAGAUGGCAAUCAUCAGGUACCGAGGUGCACCGGAAGAAGUACCGACCGCUGACCCUUUGGUUGACAGAGAAGGAAACGUCUACCAAGACUUGGGCAGAAAUUAUAACGAACCUGAGGCGGUGCAUACUGUCAAUGAAUUGAGAUCUCUGCACGCCCAUACACAAUCAUCAAAUAAUAACAUGCGAAGGGUCUACCUGCCCUUUGACCUAAAUGCGGUCAAUAACCCGAUGUUUAACCACCCAGACCUGUAUCCUAUUGGUCCAAGCGGACCGGGCUGGGGCGACUUCCACGUACCUCAAAUAAACAGCCGGACAUUCAAAUUCACCGACUUCCCUCUCCUAUCUCAAUUCGACGAUCAACUCGCUGCAGCCGGGGCCUAUGAUGACGUUUUGUGUGAAGUGGAACAAGCCGGCUUUGAAUCAUGUGAUACUGAGUUCUGCGCAUGUACACAGUACAUAGAUGUUGAUUUAGGACAGACGUUAGAGCUCGUUCUCAUCGAUGAGGGAUUAUCUCCGUAUAAGGUGGAACAUCCGUUCCAUCUUCAUGGUCACCCUUUCCGCAUCCUCGCUCAGGGUACUUCAGUCAACGGAACAACAAAGGAGGAUGUCAUUCAGCUAGACAAAAAUGGUGGAAUUGUUCGAAACUACGACCACGCCCCUGGAAAGGACACCGUGGUCAUACCAAGCGGUGGAUACACCGUCAUCGACUUCGUUGCCGACAAUCCUGGCUGGUGGAUCCUUCAUUGCCAUAUGGAGUAUCAUUUCGAGGAUGGAAUGGGGAUCUUAAUUCGCGUCGGGAACCAAUCCGACCUUCCUCCUGUUCCAGAAGGAUUCCCGAUGUGUGGUGACUACCCUCCAACACAGUAUCCUUCCAUCGAGUCAGACCCUGUACCUAGUCAAGUCAGUAUGACCAUGACCGUUACCGAAGUCAUCCUCGUUGCCGUAAUCGCUAGUCUUGUACUCCUCAUCAUCGUUCUCAUCGUCGUCAUCGUGGUCCGUGAGCGUUCAAGGAACGAUGGUAAAGGACGCCCUCAGGCGAUACCAAUAAAUGAACGAUGAUGAACUGACCGUAUAAUUGCUUAUUUUUGCAUUUGAAGUAUUAGAAAAAUGAGUAUUACUGAAUGAGAACUAAGGUACGGUGUAUGAGGUUCCAAUCAUUGCUGACGUCGUCGUCAUUGUAAUCAAGUGUAAUUUCAUUACCGUCAUAACUAUUUUUACUCUAUACAAGAACAAUAUAUAUGUGUGUAUGGAUGUUUAAACAGAAAUAUGGCGCAAUAAACAGUGGAAAAUAUACAUAGACAGAUAUAUAGAUAAUUAGAUAGAUAGAUAGAUAGAUAGAUAAAUAUAUAGAUAUAUAUAAUGUAGAUAGUUCUUAAAUGGAUUGUAGGGCAUUACCAAAUAUCUAAAGUCGAUGUAUUUAUGUAGCCUAGGAAUGUUGGUGGCACCAAGGCCAGGCAGGGGAAGGACCACCUAUGAUUUUUUGUUUAGUAUUGAAACAUUUGAGGUGUAAAAAUAAGAAAGAUGGACGAAUACUAUAAAAAGAAGGGGUCUCGACUAUCGAUCGGUUAAUGUCCUCUUUCAGACUUUCACCGUUCCCGUCCCGUUUAUUGAUACCCGAGGGACCCAGAAGGAAAAACCAGUAUUUUUUUUUUACUGGUUUCCAGUAUAUUUUUACUGGUUUCCAGUAUAUUUUUACUGGGCCAGGUGAUUUUUAACUGGACCAGUAAAAAUCAACUGGAAACCAGUUCCAUGCAGUUCAGGCAAUUAAAGUAGUAAUACCAGUUAAAUUGUUUUUCAUCAAACUGGUGUAUGCUGGACCAGUUUCAAAAUUCCAGUUAAAAAUCAACUGGAGUUAAAAAUUAACUGGAGACCAGUAAUUCAAGACCAAUUUAAUUUUUAACUGGUCCAGUAUAAUUUUAACUGGACCAGUACGACCAGUUAGACCAGUAAACCGGUGUUCCAAUUUCCAGAGUUACCAGUUCUACUGGUCGAACUGGUCCAAUUGAAUUGGUUCUUCCUUCUGGGGAGUUUUCACAACCACUACACAGAUGCUGUCUAGAACGCUGAGAAUCUAUUGUCAAAAGCCUUUCAUGACAAAGCAGCGUUUGUUGAAAAUCGGUGAAUCAAAACAGCAGUGUCGGACUCUAAACAAACGGCAUGGUUAAAACAUAAAGUAGAUGGGUUUCAGUUUGGCUGCUCUCCCUUCACAUUUUGUUGUUGUUUUGUUUUUGUGUGUUUUAUACAUAAAAUCCUUAUUCAGAUUGUUGUACACUUUCUAAGUAUAAACGUAGAGACUUAAUUUUUUUGUAUUGUGUUACAAAAUAAUUUAUGGAUAUUUAAGUAUAUAUAUUUUAUAUAUCAAUUUUAUUAUCUGCUGAGAACUUAAAAAGUCUUUAUGUUUGGAUUUUUUUUUCAUCACACAAUACCGCAUUAUUAUCCAGUAAAUACAAGUGAAAAUAACUGUUUUUGGUUUGUAUUAUGGGUUAUGGUAAUCUUUGUUCAAAAAAUGUAUAUUACAAUGUAUAAUAUUUCUUUUUUAUAUUGCUGUAUAUAUGUACUUCAUGUUAUUUUGUAUAUUUCAUGUAUUACCCUUGUAUGUAUGAAAAAUGUGAUAUUAUCUGAAUAAAGGCUAAAAAACAUU